AGCGACACGUCUGGGUACUAUGACCUGACCCCGGACUCCUCCAGCGGGGCAUCCGGGGCAAAGACAUUCAAUUUAGAGGAUAUUCCGUACCCUACCAGAGAGAGUGAGAGGCACAGCCCCUCCAACAUGUCCCUCUCCUCCUCCUCCUCUGCCCCACCCACCCCGCCCCGCCCCCCCCACCCCAGACACCCUGGAUGCCAUCCCCAUUCCCCCACCCACCCUGGACCUCACCAACAUCCCCAUGCCGCCCGUCACCUUCACCAUCACCCCGCCAUCCCCCAUCCCCAGGCCCAAGAAGGACCCCCUGCCAAGACCCAAGCCCCCGGUCCCCCUUCCUCCCAUGGCAGCUGCCCCACUGCCCCCCUUAUCCGUCCCCUUGCCCUGCCCCACGCCUGCCCACAGGGAGGAGUCCCUACCAGCCUCGCCGCCCCGGGAGGUGCCCCCCAUCGGAGGGGCGCCGGUGUCCCCCGGGGGACAUGACAGCGACGACGACGAGCCCCCCGUCCUGCAUCCCCCGGCCCCCGAGCCCCGCCCCACCCACCACCAGCCACACCACCAUAUAGCCUUGGCUUCCUGCGGCCUUCACCCUGCUCAUGACACAUCAAUCCACGCCGGCCGGGACCUUACGCCUUCGAUGUAUGUACCCCAGCCCGCCCCUACCACCACAGCCCGCAUACCCUAGAGCGCCCCCCCACAUGCUGGCCUCUUCCCUGCUUCACGGCCA